AUGACUAUUACCGAAAUCCAGACCACGAUUCCCAAGGGCUCAUGGAUCCUCGUAACUGGUGCGAGUGGUUUUUUAGCUUCCCACGUCGUCAAAGAGUUCCUCCAGCGUGGGUACAAAGUCAGAGGCACCGUUCGAGACCUCAACAAAUAUGCCUGGCUUGUUCAGGAUCUCUUCAAGACAGACGCGGACAAGAGCAACUUUGAGUCCGUCCAAGUACCCGAUCUAGCGGCACCACAUGCCUUUGACGAAGCCGUCAAGGGUGUAUCUGCCAUUGUCCAUAUCGCGACAAUCGGCUUUGAUCCCAACCCCAACAAUGUGAUACCGAAAGUCGUCGCAGGCACCAAGUCACUCUUGGAGGCAGCCACGAAGGAGCCAUCGGUGAAACAAUUUGUCUACACCUCGUCCGUCGCCGCUAUGAUCUCACCCCAGCUAGGCGAUACUGCUCGACUCACUGCAAAUACGUGGAACAAUGAAGCAGUUGAACAAGCCUGGGCUCCUCCACCUUAUGAGCCUAUUCGUGCUUUUACUGUGUACGCAGCGAGCAAGACACAGGCUGAGAAGGCUGUUUGGGAAUUUGCGAAUGAGAAACACCCUCACUUCACGAUCAACUCCGUCGUUCCGGCAACGAUUAUGGGGGAGUGCCUCAGUAAAAGUCAUGCUGAGCUCGGACAUAUGUUUCUUAGGAUUCUAUAUGAAGGAAAACCGGAUGCAGUUGCAGCAAUACUUACAAUGCCCGGACCUAUUCCACACAACGUCAGAGACUGCGCAAUCCUUCACGUCGCGGCAGUACUAGACCCCGAUGUCAAAAACGCGCGUCUCAUCGGUUGGGGACAACCCUGCAGCUGGAAUGAUAUUGUGGCCAUUAUGCGGCGACUCUGUCCAGACCGACAGUUCAUCGACGAGAUUCCCGGUCUUGAAGCGUACAAGAUAACAGCAGACGAUGAACAAUCUCUGGUGAUUCUGAAAAAGUGGACUGGACAGGAUGGAUGGACGUCUCUGGAGCAGUCGAUUGCGGAGCAUCUACCUAAUAUUGUGAAGUGGUAUCCUUAA